AUGUCAGAAGAAGACAGAGCCUUGAUGGCUCAAAUCAGUCAACUGGCUGGUCAAAUUAACCGUCACAAGAACCAGGCAGCAGGUCUCAGCGUCACCUCCCACGCACCGAUUCAUGCUCCUGGUACAGGCCGAGGUUUCUAUCGCGGCCACGGCCGGGCUUCAUACGCGCCGCGCGGUGGCUAUCGCGUCGCAAAACCCGCGCCGCAUCGACACAGAACUCUUGUUCUCAACGGCGCGACGUCGUCGAGCAAAUCUGAUGCUGAUUCUGGCGCCGCCUCUGAUGCAUCCACCACCUCGUGGGUGACAAAGAGCGACCGCCAUCUUCAACUUAUCAACACCAAUGUAUUCGAGAAGGAGAGUCAGGCACGGACAAAAGCUAUUGAGCAGACCCGCCUCCAGAAGCAGCAACAAAGGAAUGACCGGGAGCGUAGCAAGCUUUUCAAUCAUUUCAACCGCGCAGCCAACGGUACCGCCGUGGUCGCGUCUACUAACGCUUCUGUCGCAGCCAACUACGAGGUGACGCUUGAUGGAAUCCGCUUUCGUGUCACGAAGAAUGGCAGCAAGCUUGUCAAAUUACCCGGUGUGUUUUCGCAACCAGGUCAAGCAUGCUCGACUGGUGCUUACGCUCGUGAAGGUGACAACAAUCCGCCCACCGCCACACCAAAGACUGCCACCAUUGCUGGAGUUAAGUUCUAUCGAAGCAAGAAUGGCAAUCUUUAUCGACAUGGCAUUGUGAAGGCGCAGCGGUACGUCGCCCUCUCUGACGGCAUGCAGUAUCUAACGCAAAGCAACACUAGUCGCUCUGGCGCUAUCAAGAAGAUCGACCAGCCGUGUCAGGUCUUCUCCACGACCGGUAUCUCCCUACUCCACUUCUCGGAUCCCGCGACGACGGACUUUUCGUGUCAGGGUCAUGGUCCCCAGUGCCGCUACAACCACAACCCGUCUACAGUUGCCGUUUGCAAAGAUUUUCUUCAGAGAGGCGAGUGUGCGAACGGCGAUUCAUGCGAUCUUUCUCAUCUCCUUACUCCCGAGCGCACGCCGACCUGCGUGCAUUUCCUCAAGGGCAACUGCUCGAAUACCAACUGCCGUUUUACUCACGUGAAGGUAGCCCCAAGUGCCCCGGUUUGCCGAGCCUUCGGAUUCUAUGGCUACUGCGAAAAUGGUAUCGAUUGCACAGAUCGACAUGUUUUCGAGUGCCCCGACUUCAGUAAUACCGGUAUCUGUAAGAACAAACGCUGUAAACUUCCCCAUCGAGAGAGGGCAAGCGUCCUCCGAAAAGCCGCGGCUGCUCGCGAGCAAAAGCCGGAGAAGGAGGAGGAAGACAUCUCCAGCGACGACGAUGACGGAGAUGCGGUCGACAGUGACGACGUUGACUCUGACGAGGUUGAAGAGUUCAUUGGGGAAGAUGACUCUCUCGCGGUCGAAUUUACCGACCAAAAGGACUUCAUCCAGCUGUGA